UGGAAGAGAUGAAAAGCAGGGGUUCGUAGGUUCUAUGAGCAGGACGUUGAGCUGAAGAAGCCAUUCUGCCACCGCGACCUGUCCAGCAAAAUUGUUUACAACAGCAACUUUGACCUGUCCAGCUGCUAAUUGGAGGGAUACUAUCAUGUAUCAAAUGUCCCCUGACCCUCCCCUCCCCGAAGAACUGCCCUCCAGCUGCAGGGAAAUUCUGAUUGGUUACUCCAGUGAAAUGAUGAAACUGGCGGAUUUGCUGUUUCAAUUGUUUGUCCGAAGCUCUGGGUUUGGGAAGAAAUCAUUUGAAAGAGCUGGAUUGUGCAGCAGGAUUGCACGUCGUGUGCCAUUACUAUCCAGCUUGUCCGCAGCCUGA